AUGGAGGAUAGAAUUGGAGGAAGUGCCAUUACGUUGACUGAAGUUCAAGAUUUUCAGACCUGCAUAGAUCUUUGUGGUCUAGCUGAGUUACCUAGGACUGGCAGCAAAUAUACAUGGAAUGAUAACCAUGAUGGAAAUAGGAUUUUUUCAAAAAUUGACUGGGCAUUUGCAAAUGGUGAAUGGCUGGACACUGCCCCUACUUGUAAAGUUCACUACUUGCCUGAAGGUGUAAGUGACCACAAUCCAGCUCAUGUAACACUGGUGAAUUCAAAACCAAAACAAAGAAGGGCCUUCAAAUACUAUAAUGCAUGGAGUACACAUCCUGAUUUUAUGGGAAUUGUGCAAGAGGAAUGGCAAACACAUAUAGAGGGAUGUAAAAUGUAUCAGGUAAUAAGUAAAUUAAAGCUAUUGAAACAUAAGCUGAGGAGACUACACUCAAACCACUUCAGCAACUUGUUGAAUGAAGUAGAUAAAGACAGGGCACAUCUAAAGGAAGCACAGGAGAAGCUGCAACUCGACCCUCUAAAUGAUCAUCUGCAGCAGGAAGAAAGAGAACUAAGCAGAAAAUUUAAAAGGUCCAGCUACUUAGCUGAAAUGAUGCUUAUGCAACGAAGUAAAGCCACAUGGUUGAAGCUUGGGGAUGAUAACACUAAAUAUUUUCAUUCUGUGAUUAAACAAAGGAGAUUGGGGCAGACUAUCUUCCAACUGAAAGACGAGAAUCAGCGAAUACAACAUGAUCCAGAGGAAAUAGCUGGGAUUUUUGUGAGAUUCUACAAGCAUAUGCUAGGUGAAACUGGUGGCUAUACGCAGAAAGCUGUACCAGGAUUUCUUGCCAAUGGUCACACCUUGACUAUAGAACAACAAGUGACUCUUUUGGGGACAUAUUCAAGGAAAGAAGUGAAAGAAGCCAUGUUUAGUAUUAAUCCAAACAAAAGCCCAGGUCCAGAUGGUUAUGGAAGUGGUUUCUUUAGAGAAGCUUGGUCAAUUAUAGGGGAUGACAUCACAGAUGCAGUGCUAGAGGUGAUAGAUAGUGGCAGCAUGCUGAAACAACUGAAUGCAACAGCUAUAACCUUAAUACCUAAAGUAAAUUCUCCUGACAAUGCAGGACAGUUCAGACCCAUCGCAUGUUGCAAUGUGGUAUAUAAAUGUGUAUCUAAAGUGAUCUGCCAGAGACUAAAACAUGUACUGCCUUUCUAA